AUGUCAGCCCACGCCCUGACCGAAGCAGAACUCCAAACAAUCUCCCAAAAGGCCAUCGACGCCAAGGCCAAAGCUUACUGCCCCUACUCCAAAUUCCGCGUAGGCGCAUGCCUCAUAACUGCGACCGGCGAGUACAUCUUCGGCGCAAAUAUUGAGAAUGCCUCGUACCCUGUAGGCGUGUGCGCGGAGAGAGUCGCGUUUGGGAAUGCGCUUAUGCAAGGCCACAAAUCCUUCAAGGCAAUCGCCGUUGCGACAGACAUAAAACCUGGCGCGAGUCCGUGUGGAAUGUGUCGGCAGUUUAUGAGGGAAUUCACAACCCCGACUUUCCCCAUAUACAUGUACGACAAAGAUGGAGAGUACAAGGUUGCGACUAUUGGGGAGCUUUUGCCGGAUUCGUUUGGACCGGAUGAUUUGGCUUAA